UCUGCAUUAACCAUUGCUCAAAUAUGGUGAAGAAGGGGUAAUGGUAGUGAACUAGUUGGUUUUCCGGGGUCUACUCUCCAUUGCAUUUUCUGAUCUUGUGGUGAAAUGGAGAGCUUAAAAGCACCUUUCAAGGGAGUUAUUAACGAUAUUCGAGGAAGAGCAGAGUGUUAUAAAGAAGAUUGGACUUGUGCUUUCCGUUCAGGAAUCGGGAUAUUGGCCCCAACUACUUAUAUUUUCUUUGCUUCUGCUCUACCUGUUAUUGCCUUCGGGGAGCAGCUGAAUAGAGACACAGAUGGAAGGUUGAGCACUGUAGAAACACUUUCUUCUACGGCCAUUUGUGGAAUCAUACACUCAAUUUUUGGUGGCCAGCCACUCCUUAUUGUAGGAGUUGCAGAACCCACUAUCAUUAUGUAUACUUAUUUGUACAACUUUGCUAAAGAUAGGGCUGGUUUGGGAGGUGAACUCUUUUUGGCUUGGGCAGGAUGGGUUUGUGUCUGGACUGCUCUCUUGUUGUUUCUUCUAGCAAUAUUCAAUGCUGGCGGUAUUAUCAACAGAUUUACAAGGAUUGCUGGUGAGCUUUUUGGCAUGUUAAUUGCAGUCUUGUUCAUUCAGGAGGCCAUCAAGGGAAUGGUGAAUGAGUUUACUGUUCCUAAAAAUGAAGACCCGACAACAAACCAGUACCAAUUUCAUUGGCGCUAUGCAAAUGGGUUGUUGGGUAUUAUAUUCACAUUUGGCCUUCUCUAUACUGCAUUGAAAAGCAGAAGAGCCAGGUCCUGGUUAUAUGGGACAGGGUGGUUGAGAAGUUUUAUAGCAGAUUAUGGGGUUCCUUUCAUGGUGGUAGUGUGGACAGCUCUGUCAUUCACAGUGCCAAGUAAAGUACCUUCCGGAAUUCCAAGAAGACUAGUUGCCCCUCUGGCUUGGGAAUCUGCAUCAUUACAUCAUUGGACAGUUAUCCAUGAUAUGGGGAAGGUUUCUCCAGCAUAUAUAUUUGCUGCUUUUAUUCCUGCCUUGAUGGUAGCAGGGCUUUACUUCUUUGACCAUAGUGUUGCUUCCCAGAUGGCACAACAGAAGGAAUUCAAUCUCAAGAAACCUUCAGCAUAUCAUUCUGAUGUGUUGUUGCUAGGAUUCAUGACUUUGCUUUGUGGAUUAAUUGGGUUACCCCCAUCAAAUGGUGUUCUGCCUCAAUCCCCCAUGCACACCAAAAGCCUUGCAGUUCUCAAGAAUCUGAUGAUCCGAAGAAAGAUGGUUAAAAGUGCCAAGGAAAGCAUUAGUAAGAAAGCUAGCAACUCUGAAAUCUAUGGGAAGAUGGAAGCAGUGUUUGUAGAAAUGGAUAGCAGCCCAGUUACUUGUGUUGAAAAAGAACUAGAGAACUUGAAAGAGGUUGUCCUAAAAGGUGAAGAUAAAGGAGACAACAAGAAGGAUACCUUUGACCCUGAAAAACAUAUUGAUGCAUAUCUGCCUGUUAGAGUAAACGAGCAAAGAGUUAGCAAUCUCUUACAAUCACUCUUUGUAGGAGCAUCAGUCUUUGCUAUGCCUAUCAUAAAAAAGAUUCCCACUUCGGUUAUGUGGGGAUACUUUGCCUACAUGGCCAUGGAUAGUCUUCCUGGAAACCAAUUCUGGGAAAGGAUACUACUUCUCUUUGUAACACCUAGUAGGUGGUACAAGAUGUUGGAGGGGGAUCAUGCUUCUUUUGUGGAGUCAGUACCAAUCAGAUACAUAGUUUUCUUCACACUCUUCCAAUUUGUAUAUUUCCUGGUUUGUUUUGGAGUGACAUGGAUUCCAAUAGCUGGAAUCAUGUUCCCUUUGCUUUUCUUUGUAUUGAUCCUGGUGAGGCAGUAUAUCCUAUCCAAGCUGUUCAGUCCUCACCAUCUAAGUGAACUAGAUGGAGCUGAAUAUGAGGAAAUUGCUGGGGCUCCAAGACUUUCUUUUGAUCUCUCUGUGGAAUCACCAAGGGAAAUGGGAGAUGCUGAAAUAUUGGAUGAGUUAACUACUAGUAGAGGGGAGUUGAAGGUCAGAACUACUAGCUUCAGUGAAGAAAGACGUGGCCAGGUCUUUCCUGAUGAAAUAGUGAGUGAAAACUGA